GUUCGGUCGGACGAAGCUUCUCUUCUGAUCGUUUCGCCCUCUUCGUUUCUCUUCUGAUCGUUUCGCCCUCUUCGUUUCUCUUCUGCUCGCCCGUGACCCUUCCUGUUCGGUCGUUCCUCUGCUCGGAAUCUUUUCUGCUCAAGACCGCUUCAGGUAUGUUUGUUCUGCUCUUCUUCUCAUAUUUGUUCUUCAAUUUCUUCAAUUUGGAGCUUGGAGCUGUAGAGCUUGUUCUGAUAUUGUUAUGCGAUGUGUGUAUACUAUGGGAUAUUGUUAUGCGAUGUGUGUAUAGUUGUAUACUAUGGGCUAUUAACUAGUUCUGAUAACGUUACACUGUAUAGCAGCAACUAUGGGCUACAUUGUUCUUAAUUUCUUAUUGGUGUAACGUUGAGAAUGGGGAUUAGAAGCAAUAUUGGUUAUAUUGCUUUAUUGUUUUGGCUGAGCUUAUCUGCUAAUUGGGUCUACAAGUCUAAAUAUUGGGUUCUUUGCAUAUUGGUGUAACGUUGAGAAUGGGGAUUAGAAUAUAGUAAUUGAAGUGUGUAUUUUUCAGGAAUUAUGAGCAGCGGAGGAACACCUCCUAUUAGUUCUAGUGCCGGGUCUGUUAACGCCGGUGCUAGUAGUGGAUCUGCUGAUCCUGAAAAUGAGACCAUUGAUGAUAAAGCACCAUUGUGGAAAUUUGUGAAGAAGAUUGAAAAAAUGGCAGGUGGAGGAAGUUGGAGGUGGCGGUGCAGUUUUUGCAAAUUGCACUACAACGGGUCUUAUACUAGAGUUCGUGGUCAUUUGUUGAAAGAAGGAACAGCGGGGAUAGCAGUUUGCAACAAGGUUACUCCUCAUGCAUUUACUCAAAUGUCUAAGUUGGUGAGAGAAUGCAAGGAGAGACUAAUGAAUGCAGCUCCUAGACAAGUUCCUCUACCAUCAUCAGGACAGCAAGGGGGGAGUUCCAGCACAAGUAGCUAUGGGAUGAGUUAUCAUGCCUAUAGUGAAGCACAAACAGCAAGUGAUGGUGGAAAGAAGAGGAAAACAGCUGCUGGUUCAGUUGAAAAGGCCUUCCAAAACUCAGCUAGGGAGCAAUGCGAUAGUGAGGUUGCAAGGAUGUACUACACCGGUGGCUUAUCUUUCAACCUAGCUAGAAAUCCACACUAUCGGAACUCUUACAUUCGUGCUUCUACCCUUCCAGGCUACAUUCCACCAGGCUACAAUGCUCUAAGGACUACACUUCUUGCAAAAGAAAAGAAAAAUAUUGAGCAUCAUUUACAGCCAAUCAAGAUUACAUGGAAAGACAAAGGUGUGAGUCUUUGUAGUGAUGGUUGGUCUGAUGCACAAAGAAGACCAUUGAUUAAUGUGAUAGCAGCUUGUGAGAGUGGUCCGAUGAUGUUGAGGGCUAUAAACUGUGAGGGGGAAUUCAAGGAUCAUGCAUUGAUUGCAGACUUGAUUAUAGAUUCCAUCAAGGAAGUGGGUUGGGAAAAUGUUGUGCAAGUGAUUAACGACAAUGCUCCUGUUUGUUCUAAGGACGGUGCCUUAAUAGCAAGUAAGUAUCCUACUAUUUUUUGGACACCAUGUGUAGUGCAUACUUUGAAUCUUGCUGUCAAGAAUAUUUGCACACCUUCAUUAGUUGCAAGCAAUGCGGAUGUGUUUGAUGCAUGUUGUUGGAUACAGCCAGUUUCUGAGGAUGUUAUGUUUAUCAAGAACUUCAUUAUGAAUCAUGGAAUGAGAUUAGUGAUGUUUAAUGACCAUUGCAAUUUGAAGUUGCUUUCGGUUGCUCCCACAAGGUUUGCAUCUACGUUAAUCAUGCUAAAGAGGUUUAGGCAAAUCAAAAAUGGUUUGCAACAGAUGGUCAUCAGUCCAAAGUGGGAUGAUUACAAAGAAGAUGAUGUUAGGAAGGCAGCUUCUGUGAAAGAGAAAUUAUUAGAUGAGUUGCUGUGGGAUGACAUUGAUUACAUCAUUUCUUUUACUGAGCCUAUCUAUGAGAUGAUCAGGAGAGCAGACACUGAUAGACCUUCUCUUCAUUUGGUGUAUGAAUGGUGGGAUAGUAUGAUUGAGCAAGUGAAGAAAGCUAUCUAUAGGAAAGAAAGGAAGCAACCUCAUCAAGAGUCUCCAUUUUGGGAUGCGGUGUAUAAGGUUCUAAUGGCUCGUUGGUCCAAGAGCAAUACUUCUCUCAAUUGCUUGGCACAUUCAUUGAAUCCGAAGUAUUAUAGUUCGGAAUGGCUUAGUGAAGAUACUAAUCGUGUUGCUCCCCACAAAGAUUUAGAGAUUACAAGGGAGAGGAAAAAUUGUAUCCUUAGAUACUUUGCCAAUGAAGAUGAUCGAAGGAAAGUUAACAUAGAAUUUGCCAAUUUUUCUAUGUGCAUGCAAGAGUUUGGAAGUGGAGAUGCUAGGAAGGAUAGGUUUAUUAUGCAGCCUAUAACAUGGUGGGCUGUCCAUGGAGCUUCGGCACCAUCUCUCCAAGCCAUAGCCUUCAAGGUUCUAGGUCAACCUUGUUCUUCUUCAUGUUGUGAAAGAAAUUGGAGUACUUACAAUUUCAUUCACUCUGUGAGGAGGAACAAGAUAACACCACAAAGAGCGGAAGAUUUGGUGUUUGUGCAUACCAAUCUUCGCCUUUUAGCUAGAAGAAGCCCAAGUUAUAAUGAGAGUGCAACUCAAAUGUGGGAUGUUGGAGGUGAUGAGUUUGAUUCUUUGGAAGAGACUAAUGUUGGAAGGCUUGAGAUUGCUAACCUUUCACUUGAUGAACCACAAUUAGAGGGGGUUUUGUUUGAAGAUGAAGACCUUGAGGAUGUUGUCCAAGUUGAAUGAAGUUGAUGGUUGUUGACUUGUUAUUAGUGGUGUUAACCUUUUAUUUCAACCUUUGGAUUGAUAAUGUUUGAUUGUCAUAAACUAGUAAUUUCUAAUUUAUUUAUGUUUCAU